AUGGACAAGCUCGUUGCCCAAUACUCGCGCCCGGCGCACCAGAACGAGUUCCAUUCCGACCCAGAGCAACAAGACCUCGACUCGGGUCUCCCUCCACUCUCCCUCAAAUUCGCUCUUCCCCCAGUUGAUAACCAUGCCUCAUUCCUCCGUGCCAUGACCGAUGACCACUCCAAUCCCAGCUGUCCCAUUAAGCUCGCUCACGGAACCACAACCUUGGCCUUCCGGUUCCAAGGCGGUAUCAUCGUGUGUACCGAUUCCCGUGCAACAGCCGGAAACUGGAUCGCCAGUCAGACAGUCAAGAAGGUUAUCCCCGUAUCACGGCUGAGCCGAGGAGAGGACAAGCCCUCAAAGGACCCUACACCCGGUCUCUUGGGAACCAUGGCUGGUGGUGCGGCGGAUUGUCAAUACUGGUUGCGUUAUUUGAGUCAGCAGUGCACGUUGCACGAAAUUCGACACAAGCGCCGCAUUACUGUCGCCGCUGCAUCCAAGAUCCUCGCCAAUUUGACCUAUGCUUACAAGGGCUACGGUUUGAGCAUGGGUACCAUGCUUGCAGGUGUAACUCCCCAAGAAGGCCCGGCGCUCUACUACAUCGACUCAGACGGCACCCGACUGCCAGGAAACCUGUUCUGUGUGGGAUCUGGUCAGACUUUCGCCUACGGUGUGCUAGACGCAAACUACAAGUACGACUUGACCGAGCAGGAGGCCCUGGAUUUGGGCCGCCGUGCCAUCCUGGCCGCCAUGCACCGUGAUGCCUACUCCGGUGGUUUCAUUAACUGCUACCACGUCACGGAAGCCGGCUGGGUGCACCACGGCUUCGAUGAUAUGAACCCCAUCUUCUGGAAGACAAAGCUGGACCACGGCGAGUUCUCUAACGUUACCUCUGAGCUUUAA